AUGUUGAAUUUGGGAAUCCCACAUGUGUCCCGGGAGUUUCACCGGUUCACCCAGUCAAUCAGCGAUUCCAAAUCAAAACAGGAAGAAGAAAGGCUCAUAAGUAGAGAAAUAUCGCUACUUAAGUUAAAUUUUCAGAAUAAAAACGUAUCAAAGAACCAACUGAAGGACUACCUGCUGCGCUGCCUGUACAUAGAAAUGCUAGGAUUCAACACCAAAUUCGCCUAUAUUCACGCUAUAAACAUGGCACAGGACAAGCACCUAGUCUAUAAAUCGACAGGGUACCUGUGUUGUAUGACGAUGUUGGAGUCUAAGAGUGAUUUGUUGCUGUUGCUCAUUAACACAAUACAAAAGGAUCUCCAGAGCCCCAACUUCAUGGACAGGCUGACGGUGCUGAACUCGCUCUGCUAUCUGAUAAACGAGGAAAUGCUUCCAAUAGUGCUGCCGCUGGUAAAUGACUGUCUGGUUCACGAGAACGCGCUGAUACGAAAGAAGACAAUAGUGCUGAUGACUAGGAUGUAUGAGCUGUUCCCAGAGUACCUGACGGAGUACGCAAGGCCGGCCAUAGAGAAGGGGCUGUGCGAUGUGGACCCGAGCGUGAUGAACGUGACGUUGAACCUGCUGCAGCUGCACAUCAGCCUCAACGAGGAGUCGAGCGGAAGUGAAACGGACAAAAAUGGUUCUAAGGCGGCAACUUCCCCGAAUUACAUAAACCAUGUAACCAUCGCAAACGUCCUGGUGAACAUCUGGAAGCAGAUACUGGACAACAAGCUCUCCAGAGACUACAACUACCACAGGAUACAAGGCCCGUUCAUACAGCUUAACAUACUGAAACUCCUGACGCUGCUGAACAAGGACGGAAAGGCAAUACCUAACAUUGCAGUUAGCGGCUAUGCCAGGGACGUGUACAGCACCUUGUACAAGUUCGUGCAGUCGAUAGAAAAAAGCGCCAGAGGGAUCUCAAACGCACUCGUGUACCAGUUUAUACAGCUGCUGUCGACCAUUCAGCUGGACAGCGUUCUGACGAGCAUAUCGUCACAACUUGUCACGAGGUACGUGCACACCUCGACACUUGGCUACAUAUCUAGUUACUGCUUAUCUGUUACGUCAAUUUUGAUCGAAAAGGGAGUCAAUUUGUCGUUCGAUGACCAGGUCAAAAUCAUUUCGCUGCUGCAGGAAGACGAUUUGACAAUCCAGAAGGUGAUCAUUAAGCUGUUGUACAAGCUGAUCAACAAAAACAACUACCAAGUAGUUGUGACGCAGCUGGUGGACUACAUCAGGAGGGACUAUAUAAUAGACAGAGAGGAGAUAAUCAGGAGGAUUAUAGGGUAUUGCACACUGUACGCUCCGACCACAAGUGGUGCAGAGGAGACGACCAGCAGUGAAGGCGCUGAGGCAGAUAUGAGCAUAGCGAACGUGAUUCUGGAAAUCAUAGAAAUACUGAGCAGUUCGACGACGAGCAAGAGCACCAGCACCAUGGCCACCAAGAGCAGCGACGUCCUGCUGAGCGGAAUAAUAAAGUUCAUAACGCGACAUCACAGUCAGACCUUAAAUUUCUACAUGCUCAACAAGUGCUACCAGAUGUACAACAACAACGACAGCAGUGACCUGCUGAUUAAGUUGAUGAUAUGGUUGGUCAAGUACAUUCUGUUGAUAGAGGAGAACAGGAAUGCAGGUCAAAGUGAGUCAAGUAGGGGAAAGCUGUACGGAGAUAUAGUGUCUAGGCUGCUAUCAAAGUCAACUAAGUACGACAGCCUACUGCUGUACUGGAUACUCAACAACUACAGACAGAUUUUAAUCCUUGCCAAUUCGUCAACCACCAGCGCUGGUGGUGACGUUGAAGGUGAUGGUAUUGCUACUAAGGGCACAGGUGAAAAUGUACUCUAUGAUGGUCUCGAGGAAGUGUUCUCAAAGUUGGGAAACAAAUAUGUGGAUUUGGUUAAGCAAAUAUUAGUGGAAAUAGCAAACAUACAGCAGAAUGAGUUGCCAAUGAGAUUGAAUUCUAAGGAAUACGAUACGAAGCUCACGUUUCUAAAGGUAAUGUUUAGAAUUAGAAGCACGUGUAAACAGGACUACGUGGAGUCGAGUGUAUCAAGGGGAUGUAGACCAUAUGAAAGGAAUAUGGUGAUGGAUAAGUAUAAGCAGCCAGUAGAAUAUAACAUCGAUGACGAUGUGAAUGAAGGAAAGUUGAUAUAUAAGCCAUACAUGCUAAUGCCGAUGAGUUCAAUAGAGAUGGGAGAAAGUGUACCCAUCCCAUAUGUGCCAGGAAGUAUACCAGAAAUGGAACAAGGAGCACCUGGAAUAGCUCCAGGAAAUAUGCCAAUGAGUGGCAUGGAAAGCGGGAAUGUACCAGGUACAAUAGGUGGCACUAGUGCAAUGGGAGCGGAUAGUAGAGUAGGUAUGGACAGUAGCAUUACGGAUGGGAGAGUGCCAGAAGGAAGAGUGGUUGUGGAUAAGAAAACAAAGUCAUGGGGACCAAAGGGAUAUAACCCGUCAGUGCCAGCAACGACAAGCACAGUAUACACGACAGCAAAGAGUAGAAUGGGCCCAAUUGGGACUUCAACGAGUAGUGGCGUGGCAGUGGGAGCAUCUUCUGCAAUUCACGGUAACACCGACGCUACGGAUAAAGGGGUUCAAGGAGGCGAUCAGCCAGUGGAUACACACGGGGUGGAUAGAGCGGAUAGUUUUAACAUCGAUAAUGUAAUUUUAAAUAAACUCGAAAGUAAUAAAUGGAGCGCCAAGUCGAUAGAGAGGCAGAAAAAUGAAGAGUUGGCGAAACAGCUGUUCCAAUCAAAUGGAUAA